UUAUUAAAAAAAGAAAGUAGAAAACACGGAAAAGGACUUGAACAUUCUAUGCAGGCGGUUGACAAUAGUCUCCCAAAAGUCCUAGUUACACCAACCAUCGCUUCUUUCGCUCAAAUGUUCCUCUGUUAACACGAAAGAGUGUGUCAUUCAUCUCUGUGAAACACAACAAGACAGGUUCGUUCAAAUAAUUGUUAUAGCCAUGGACACCGAGGCUGCCACCACUCCACAGUUCGCGCUGUCCGAUACAGACAUCAACUGGGACAGGUUGGAUAAGACCAGGUUCCACAUCAUUGGUGCAGUACUCUUCACGGCUCAAUCAGCAUUACUUCAUCCAACAGCAGUGGUGAAGACAAGGAUGCAAGUAGCUGCUUCAGGUCUCUCUAACAUGAAGGGAAUGUCAGUGUUCACUCACAUUUUGAGGAGUGAUGGAAUUCCUGGAAUCUUUAGAGGUUUUGGAACUUCUGCUAUUGGAUCAAUGCCUGGUAGGGUUUUAGCCCUUACAUCUCUUGAGAUGUCAAAGGACUUUAUGUUGAAACACACUCAAGGUAGCGAUAUUCCAGAAGCAUCACGUAUUGGCCUUGCAAAUGCUGUUGCUGGCAUGGUUUCAAACUUGGUUUCUUGUGUUUACUUUGUGCCUUUGGAUGUGAUUUGCCAAAGGCUAAUGGUUCAAGGUCUUCCUGGAACUACAUAUUGUAAAGGACCAUUUGAUGUUAUCCGAAGAGUAGUGCAUGCUGAGGGUGUUCGUGGCUUGUAUAGAGGUUUUGGAUUAACGGCUGUAUCGCAGUCCCCUGCAUCUGCACUUUGGUGGGGUUCAUAUGGGGCAGCACAACACAUAAUUUGGAGGAGUUUAGGCUACAAAGAUGACAUGGAGAAGAAGCCUUCGCAUGUGGAAAUGGUGACAGUUCAAGCUACUGCUGGGAUGGUAGCUGGUGCUAGUUCAUCUGUUAUCACUACUCCCAUAGAUACUGUAAAAACACGACUUCAGGUUAUGGACAACUAUGGUUCUGGAAGACCAUCAGUAUUGAAGACAGCAAGAACUCUCCUUAAGGAAGAUGGGUGGUGGGGAUUUUACAGAGGGUUUGGACCAAGAUUUUUGAAUAUGUCACUUUAUGGAACAACGAUGAUUGUUACUUAUGAACUGAUAAAGAGAUUAUCAGUACAACCAACUCUGAGGUCUUUUGCUUAAGAAGUGCAUCCUUGCCAGGAUGUCGGAGACAAAGAAUCAAGCUUUAUUUUAGCUUGUGCUCAGGGACAACAAAUGAAUAGAUUCCUUCAUCCUCAAGAAUUGCAUGAUGCAGUACGACAAGGCCUAAUUGGUUUAGUCUAACCAUACUUUACCGCGUAUUGCAGUUGGGGGAAUUUCUCAAAGAUGUGACUCCUUUUCUAUAUUUUCAACUAACACAGAACUUUUGUUUCUUAAAAACUGCAAAUAGGGUAACUUUU